GUAAUUAUGCAAAUAUAUCGGGAUCGAGAUGACAGAUUAUCUGUGACAGAUGCGUUGCUGUGAAUUUCAGUUUCAUUUUUCGAGCUUUCGACAGUAUCGUCUCUAAAAGUUUUUAUAUCGUAAACAAUAGAGGAUGGACAACACAGAGUCUAUGUCUUCAACAUUAACUGAAGAUGAGGAAGAUUCUUCAUCAUCAUAUUCUAGUGAAAAACAUUCUGGCAACCUCAUCCAAAACUUUGAGUACUUCAGGAAGGAGGGAGGUUACAGCGAUGUGACUCUCAAAGUGGGACCGAAAUCCUUCCCUAGUCACAAGAUUAUCUUGGCUGCAGGAUCCCCUUACUUCAAAUCUAUGUUCGAAUCUGGAAUGGAAGAGAGCAGAAAGUCUUGUAUUGAGAUCAAAGAAGUGGAUGAAAUUGUUUUUGAGAAGGUACUUCACUUCAUCUACACAGGAAAGGUGGAAAUAACUUCUUUUAUUCUCCAGGAACUCUUCGGACAAUCGUGUAUGUUUCAAGUGACCGCUUUGGUUGAUUUGUGUGUGAGACAUUUCCGUUUACACAUGACAGAGAAUAAUUGUUUAGUUGCACUCACACUUGCAGAUUUACAUGCUCAUAAGAAUUUAUAUAACUAUGCGAGAGAGUUUGUGUGUAUGAAGUUUCGGACAGUGUCCCAGGAGGAGGACAUCUGUAGGCUGUCUGCAGACUGUAUCAAAGAUAUUCUGUCUUAUCGAAGUCUGGACUGUAAUGGAGAAGAACAGGUUUUUGAGUUUGCUAUAAAAUGGCUAGAUUUUGAAGAGGAGAAAGAAAAGAGGAAAAAUUCUGUGUACAAGAUUCUGAGCUGUGUGAAGUUCCCCCACUUAAAUAGAAGUUACCUUACAGGCGUGGUAGCUAAAUCUCCAUAUCUAGCUGAUGAUGAAGGAAAAGAGUUACUGGAGAAUGCCAUGAUUUAUCACCUGCUACCUGCCAGGAGGCCAAUGCUGCCAUCUUACCAGAUCACACCAAGGUCAUCAAGGAAUAUUGAGGUCGCUGUUCUCUUGGGAGGCCGUCUAGCCGAUGGUUUGAGUAAUGAUGUAGAGUGCUACAAGUCAGAUACUAAAGAAUUCUUUGCCUUGAAACAGCUUCCUUUCAAAAAGAGGAAUGAAUUCGCUGCAUGUGUUUUAGGCAAUGACAUUUACGUUUCAGGAGGGUUGAGAAGUGGAGAAUUCUGGAAGUUUGAUUACGACUUUGCCACUUGGAUUCGCGGCAUCAGUCUUGUGCAGCCCCGGCGCAGGCACGCCAUGGCUCCGGUUGAUGAGAGCAUCUAUGUUCUGGGGGGAUUUGACGAGGACAGUGUUUUGCACUCUGUUGAAGUUUGGAAGCCCGGUGAAAACCAGUGGAAAUUCUAUGGACGUCUGGCCAGCCCGGUGGAGAACAUGGGCUAUGUGGCCUUUGGCAGUUGUAUCUAUCUCUUUGGGGGUAAAAAUCAGGAUGAGGUGGUGACAAACACCGUCCAAUGCUUUAACACAGAAUCCGGCCAGGCCACUAUACUGGAGCAGUCCUUGCCUGUGUCUGAUAUGUGCGUCAGUGCAGCAGUACUUAAUAAUUUCAUUUAUGUAGUGGGACUAGAGGGUUCAUUCAAAUUUCACCCAGACAACAAGUCAUGGGAGGUUCUUCCAGACAUGUCCUGUCCCAGAGACUUUGUCAGUCUGACAGUUUUAGAUGAGAAACUCUACGCAUUCGGGGGGAGAAGAAGAGGAGCUCAGACCGACCUCUACACUGACAUCAUCGAGUUCUUUGAUCCCAAGAAAAAUGCAUGGGAGAGAUGUGGGACCAUUCCUGUUCCUAUGUAUUCUUAUGGAUGUGUCCGCGUCAUUCUUGGAGAAAAAUAUCUGAGUUUUGGUGCUAGUAAUCUCGCCAACAGCUAAGUUCUGAUCUGAGUGUCGGUGGUAGUAAUCUAGCUAGCAGCUAAAUUCUGAUUUUUUAAAAAAAAAAUUUAUUGCUUUUGUUUUUGAGAAUUCAGAGCCUGUAGAUUUGAUCUAAAUAGUAUAUGUUCAAGCUUUAUGCUUAUUAAUGUUCACCAAAUUUUCAAAAGGUUUGUACAAAGUGAAUGAAUAGAAGGACUUUAAAUGUACAAGAUAUGCCUUUUGGAGGCUUUGUAUUAUUUUGAUUGCAAAAUAUACUAGAUUUGCGUAAGUAACAUCUAUGUUGAGAUUAUUUUACGAAUUUGUUUAACAAUACGCAGUCAUGAAUACAAUCUGUAAAUUUCCAUGUUUGUAGUGUAGUAUUGACCAUUGUGCAGUUUUUACAAGAAUGUUAUGUUCUCCAUACCCCUGAGAGAAAAAAUCAGAAAGAGGGGUAGUGUUUGGUCUGCCUGUCGUAUAUUUGCUCUCAAUUUAGAACUAAGUCACACCUCUUUUAACGGUACUGUAUAUUGAUAUGGAUGUUAUAUAGAUAUUACGUGUACUUAACAUCCUCGGAAAUCUAUUGUCAAAUUCUCCUAACACGGCAUUCGACAUUGGUUUUCU